UUAUCGAGAGCGACGUACAACAUACCCAGAGCAGCCUGGGGGUUAGGUGCCUUGCUCAAACAGACUUCAGCCAUUCCUGCUGGUUCAGGGAAUCAAUCCGACAACCUUUUGGUCCCAAAGCUGCUUCUCUAACCAUUAGGCCAUGGCUUCAACCUGAUGUCUUAGAAUGACUGACUAAUUUUAGCCCAAUCACAAUGCCUGGUUCUCUUCCUGUGAGCUGUUCAGCCACUUGGCCCAAAGAUGUGGGCAUCAUUGCUAUGGAGGUCUACAUUCCGUCCCAGUAUGUAGACCAGGCAGAAUUGGAGGAGUUUGAUGGUGUAGGAACAGGGAAGUACACCAUCGGUCUUGGGCAAGCACGAAUGGGUUUCUGCUCCGACCGGGAGGACAUCAACUCGCUGUGUCUGACUGUCGUGCAGCGGCUUAUGGAGAGAAACGCUUUGUCCUAUGACAGCGUGGGAAGACUUGAGGUGGGCACAGAGACCAUCAUCGACAAGUCGAAGUCGGUGAAGACAGUAUUAAUGCAGCUGUUUGAAGAAUCAGGAAAUACAGACGUGGAGGGAAUCGAUACUACUAAUGCAUGUUAUGGAGGCACUGCUGCUCUUUUCAAUGCUGUCAAUUGGGUGGAGUCCAGCUCCUGGGACGGUCGUUACGCCCUGGUUGUGGCUGGAGAUAUCGCCGUGUACGCCACAGGCAGUGCCAGGCCAACAGGAGGCGCUGGAGCGGUGGCCAUGUUGGUAGGGCCGAACGCACCACUGGCAUUUGAUAGAGGUCUACGAGGGACUCAUAUGCAGCAUGCAUAUGAUUUUUAUAAGCCUGAUAUGGUGUCUGAGUAUCCUGUAGUGGAUGGCAAGCUCUCCAUCCAAUGCUACCUCAGUGCAUUGGACAGAUGUUACUCUGUCUACCGCAAUAAAAUUCAAGCCCAAUGGCAAAGAGAGGGUCGUGAGAGACUGUUCAGUCUUAAUGACUUUGGCUACAUGGUCUUCCACUCUCCCUACUGUAAACUGGUUCAGAAAUCUCUGGCUCGACUGCUGCUCAACGACUUCCUCUCUCAUCCCAAUCCCAACACAGAGAGUGGACCCUUCAGCGGCCUGGAAGCCUUCAGGGAUGUGAAGGUUGAGGACACGUAUUUCGACCGUGAUGUGGAGAAGGCCUUCAUGAAAGCCAGUGCAGAGAUGUUUGAGCAGAAAACCAAGGCCUCCCUGCUCAUAUCCAACCAGAAUGGCAACAUGUACACGCCAUCUGUGUAUGGCUGUCUGGCUUCCAUUCUAGCACAAUUUACACCUCAGCAGCUGGCAGGUCAGAGAAUUGGCUUGUUCUCUUAUGGAUCAGGGCUCGCUGCCACACUGUACUCGAUCAGAGUGACACAAGAUGCUACACCUGGCUCCACACUUGAUAAACUGGUUUCCAGUUUGUCAGAUAUUCAGACUCAACUGGACUCAAGGAAGAAGGUUUCACCUGCUGUCUUUGCAGAAAGCAUGAAGCUUAGAGAGGAGACCCAUCACUUAGCAAACUACGUCCCCCAGGGUUCAGUGGACGAUUUGUUCCCAGGAACAUGGUAUUUAACACGUGUGGAUGAGAAACACCGCCGGUAUUACGCUCAACGUUCCCUGAAUGAACACGGACCUCUGGAGGCAGGGCUUCUAAAUUCUGUCACCGCAUCCGAGCACAUCCCCAGCCCGGUGAAGAAGAUGCCCCGCAUUCCAGCCACCACCGCUGCCCCUGAAGCAAUCGCCAUUACUAAUGGGGAUCAUUGACGUUAACCUCAGUGAGGUUACUCGUAAUUUAGGUGACUAAGGACACAUGAUCAGGAUGGAAAAAAAGAGAAAAGCUCAAGGCAGAGAGCUUUGUUGGCCUUGAGACAUAUUUAUGAACAAGGAUAGAUUUUUAAGUGCUCCUGGUUAGGACUGGUUAUUCUGUCAGAGUUUAAGCUGUUCUUAUUUAGAAGUUGGUGGGGUAAGAGAAUUGGGGGGGGGUAGCACAAUCAUGUCAAAUAUCGACAUGCUUUUUCAAAGUAAUGAGCACAAUGCGGCAAACCGUACAUAUCUGCUGCUCAGAACUCAUGAUCUAUGCACAGACAAAGGGGAAUGUUUUCAAAUAAUCCUCAGUCUGAUUUCACAUCAGAUUUCUUUUCAAGAUCUUUUGUUUUGCAUUAAAGUGACUGGAAAUGCUUGAGGGGGAGAUAAGACUCUCAGGCUCAGCUGUGUAAAGGGAUGUUGGCUUUUUUUUCCCCCCCUCAUGCUGGUUUUUAGUAAGUAAUGCUGCCCACUCGUCUAACAUUUUCUUUAAAUUUGGAAGCACAUGUAGAUGUUUUUUCUUUUGGGGUUUUUGUGCUUUUAAUAAUUAUUUUACCAGUCCAUAAGUGUAGUCAACCGUGCAUCACUGUCGUAUCAGUACAGCUGAGUCAACUGAAAGGUCUCCCUAAUUUUCUUCAAAAUGAUAGUCUUUGCCACCUGCUAUCUCAAGCUCUCCCUUAUUAAAUGGUUGCUACCAA